UGUGGGGACCACUGCGUGCCGCGGUUCGGCUCCGGAUCGGUGUCUUUGCGCACGGCUUUGGUGAUACUUUCUGCCUGGGAAACCCACUGUUAUUUUAACUUAAGACAAAAUGGGAACCAAACCUCGUGAAUCUAACUGGGAAUAUCAGUCGAUGGAGUAGUGGCAUGUGGAGUUAGACGAACCGCACUGAUCUUUGCUACUCUCCCCAGCGCAUCUUCUACUCUGUUCAUAUCUACCAGAUGGGUUAAUUGUACAAUUUUCCCAGCAGUUUGCGUCAUUCUUGGUAUCUUGCACGCUUUGAAGUGAAAUAUCCCUCCCGUUGAUUUAAAUGGAAUGUUGGAAAAGAUCAAUAAGUCCCUUUUUGAGUUCUCUCGCUGCCUGAGCUCUAUAAAUAAAUCUUUUUCGGACCGCGUCCGCCUCUGGGCAAAGCGAUUCUCAAUGGCAAACUCAAGUGCAUGUCACCCGCCAUCGAAUUUACUGGAAAUACAACUUAUUUGCCUUUCUGUUUAUUUAUAUGUAUAUAUUUUUCCUGAUCGUGAAGUUUGUAGGCUAAUUCGCGGAAAAGUCUAAACACGGAUCGACAUGCAAACUAAAGAUCUCUACUGACAUCUUCCUGGCGAUGCAGAAUAAAGUUUCAAAUCAAAUCAAAUUAUUUUGACAUGUCAAAUGGGCUUCCUAGUCAGGUCUACAGUAAGCAUAUCGUCCAAACUAAAGCGUACCUCAAAGGCAAAAAAGCUAUCUAGUGCACAUAUGUUUUUAUGAGAGCACCAAGAAGAGAUGUUCGGGAAAAAAUAGUCUAGAACUAUUCUACUGUGGACUGAUCAUUCCCAAAAUUACGCGCCUUUUGCGAAGUUGGUUAUAACUCUGACACAUGGUGGGGUGACAUUUUAGUGCGUUUUGGUGCCGAAGGCCGUACCCAACUGCCUCACUGACUGCACCAUGCGGACCAUAGUGCUGCUGAUGGGGGCGAAGGCAGCCUGUCUGCUCUUGGCAGCAGCGCUCGCUGGCACCGGGGCGGACGUCAGUAGCGGCCGGUGGUGGGGAAUCAUUAACAUGGCUUCCUCUGCUAACCACCUCGCUAAUUCAAAGAGUGGACAGAUGUUUCUGGACCCCAGCUUAGCGCUGCUGAACCGUCGGCAGCGGCGUCUGAUCCGGCAGAACCCCGGCGUGCUCCCCUCCAUCGUGGCCGGCUUGCAGACCGCCAUCAAGGAGUGCCAGUGGCAGUUUCGUAAUCGGCGGUGGAACUGCCCAACCACGCAGGGCCCUGCUAUCUUCGGCAAAAUCGUCAGCCGUGGUUGUCGGGAGACGGCAUUUAUCUUUGCGAUCAGCAGUGCGGGGGUCAUGCACGCAGUGGCACGGGCCUGCUCAGAGGGGGCCAUCGAGACCUGCACAUGCGACCAUCGCUGGCCCGGCCCCGGGGGCCCAGAUUGGCACUGGGGCGGCUGCAGCGACAACGUGGAAUUCGGCCGCGCUUUCAGCCGGGAGCUGGCAGACUCCAGCGAGAGAGGCAGUGACCUGCGCUACCUCACCAACCUACACAACAAUGAGGCGGGGAGGGCGACGGUGGCAUCCGGGAUGCGGCGGGAAUGUAAAUGCCACGGCAUGUCGGGCUCCUGCUCACUGCGAACGUGCUGGAUGCGGCUUCCCAGCCUCCGCACAGUCAGCGACCUGCUGAAGGACCGAUUCGAUGGAGCCUCGUGCGUCGUCUACGCCAACCGCGGCAGCAACCGGGCCUCCAACCGGGCCGGCCCGCACCACCUGGAGCCCGAGGACCCCGCCCACAAGCCUCCCUCAGUUGGGGACCUGGUCUACUUCGAGAAGUCGCCCAGUUUCUGCUCGCGUAACAGGAAAACAGGCAGCCUGGGCACUCUGGGGCGGAGCUGCAACAGCUCGUCGGCAGGGCUGGAAGGGUGCGAGCUGCUGUGCUGUGGGCGGGGCUACAGGGCACACGCUGAGAGCGUGGUAGAAAGGUGCCACUGCACAUUCCACUGGUGCUGCCAUGUCAGCUGCCUGAACUGCACCAGCACGCGGAUCUCGCACCAGUGUCUCUGAGAGGUGAUGAGAGAGAGCCAAUGAAACAGCGGAGGGGGGGUUGGGCUGGAAGCAAGAAAGUACAGAAGUGGGACACAGGGAGCAGAGGGAAAAGGAGGACCUUAAAGGAGGAAAGGAGUCAUGGAGGAGGUGCUGAAAUGGGAGGGGAACAGAGAGAUGGUCUGGGACUUAGUGACGCAUGAAGUGGCAGAUUUCUGGAGAAGGAUUAAAAAGGGAAUAAAGACAUGAAAGGGAGAGAUAAGACCACAAAGGAUUGAUUUCCACUAUGGACUCCUGGCAAAGGGUUCAAUCCUUAUAAGGAGCAUGUUUGCCCCUGUUUCUCUGACUUUCCUCUCUACACGCUUUCGUCAUCGCCAUCUCCAUCUCCAUCCUUCCAUCCCCCUGUAUCCAACGCCCAACAAUUUGGGGAGCGCAGUUGUAACUGGACACGUUGUCUGACAGAUGUUUCUGCGGCUGGGGAACCACAAGCAUGCCUCUUCAAACUGGUGGUGAACGCCUCUCUCGCUCACAUGCGCGCCUCCUUUAACCGUCUGGUUUCCCGACACUCCCUUUCUGCCGUGACGGCUGCUGUUUGGAUCGCGUCCUGGCGUGCAUCUCAUGGGACUCUUUCCGGAGCUUUCCUCCUGCAGCCACCACGAUGGAGCCCCAACAAAAGCAGGCCGCCCGUGGGUCUCCUCUCUAAUUUACCGCAUUUUCCUCUUUGAUUCUGGGUUUUGCUGUAAUCUGGUCCUUAACCAGCAUCUGCUACUGUGUACUUUACUGCACUAUGAAGUAUUAUUUGACUGCAUGUUAAUUCUUACUAGCACCAGGCAGUGUUUGUAUACCAACUCAAAAGUGUUAGCAUGUAGCUACAUAUUUAAAUGCAUCGGGUUUAUUUUUUAACGUAUUUAUGUAUGUGCCCAGGGGCGUCAGAAAUAGGGGGGACAGGACCACGGGCUCCCCCCCCCCCGAUAUCAGUUCCUUGUGAAACUGCACCUUAAACAGUAUUAGUCUUAUUUUAAAUGAAAUCUUAAUUAUUUUAAAUGUCUUCUCACAUCACAUUCUAUCCUGACUAUUGCAUGUGUGUCCAAGGCGAUGUUACGACAUACACACCCCCCCCCCCCCCCCCCAAAUGUCUAACUCCUUCCGAUGCCACUAUAUGUGCUAUGUAAUAAUCAUCAAGCCUCUCCUCUUCUACAGUAGCCAUAUUCUGAUGAACACAUUAGUCCAAGGCCGGCAGAUAAGGCAGAGCAAACCUGCUUGCAUCUUUACACGCUCAAGUGAAUUCCAGCAUUUCCGGUGACUCUCUCUGUAAGCCAAAACCCCAGGAUGUCUGUAGGUCGGUGACAGGUGAUGUCACACUGAGUCCCAAGAUAAAAAUCGAACUGGGAAUAUGGGAGAAACAACAAGUGCGUCUUAUAAACCCUGAAGACAGUGAAUUUGUGGUGCUGUCGCGCGACGUCGACUCCUGUUCACUGGGCUGUACCCUGUCUGUUAUGAACACUGGAUAACCCUGUUUUAUGUGUAAAUGUAUUUAUUGUGAGUUUCCUUUUAGAAUGUCU